AUGUUGGCCGCUCGAUCUCCGGCUAGCGGAACCCAGCCUCCUCUCAGCGGCGGGCUUCGCCUGCGCCUCGCCAUCCGAAUCCUUCUCACCCUCUGCAGCAGCAGCAGCAGCAACAACAGAAACAACAAGAACUCUCAGAAUCGUUCACGUGGAGGACUCCCCCGCUUCCACUCUCAAACCCUUCCUCCUUCAAAGGGCGAGGUUGUUCGAGUUCAGGGAGAUGAGUUUUGGCACAUGACCAAGGUGCUCCGCUUGGCACUUAACCACAAGGUGGAGCUAUUCGAUGGGGCAGGUGGUUUAAUUGAAGGCUGCAUUCAAAGGCUUGAUCGUACUGGAGCAGAUGUAAUGGCAUUAGAGGACCCCAAAGUUACUACGCCCCAAGGCACACAGUGGCAUGUAUUUGCAGCCUUUGGUGCAUUAAAAGGAGGUCGAGCUGAUUGGCUUAUUGAGAAAUGUACGGAACUUGGAGCUAGUAGUGUGACACCCCUUUUGACUCUGCGAUCUCCUAUAAUUGGGGACAAUCGUGUGGACAGAUUACAGCGUGUUAUAUUAGCUGCAGUCAAACAGUGCCAACGGUUACAUGGAAUGACCCUGAAUCCUCCCAUCAAAUUUCACAAUUUUCUGACUAUUGUUGAUCAGUCUAAAUUUUCUCUUCUAGCAGCAGCGGAGGCAACUCCACUUGUAAAUGUCUUGCUUUCGUCCAGCAUAGCCGGUGAUGGAAUUGUAAUAGUCGGACCAGAGGGAGAUUUCACGGAGGAAGAGGUGGAGUUGAUGACUAAAGCAGGUGCCACUCUUGUUGGUCUUGGCCCAAGCCGACUCAGAGUUGAAACGGCAACAAUUGCACUCCUAUCAACUGUGAUGCUAUGGUCUGAUGCUCGUAAAUUGGAUCCUUGAGGUUUUGGUAAGCAGCGUACUUUUUUUUGGAUAAUGGUGCUUAUACUACUAUUUUUCAUAAUCUUAAUCUCAAAUAUUGUGAUGUCUUUAAUUUAUGUGAGUAAUUUCUUUCAAUAAGAAGUUGAGGAUUGUUUGUAUAUUAGGAAAUCAUGUGAAGUAGAAGCAAUAAUCUAAGGGUGAAGGAUAUUUUUUUA